CUUGCACGGUGGGGUUGCUCGGUGGUACAAGAGCACGAGGGCACAAGCGGCAUAAACAGAGGCGAGUGAGAUAGAGUGGAAUAACGUGGAGGAGGCAAUAGAGGCGUAGAGAACAGAACAUCACACAGAACAGUUUCACCGAGUGAGAGUAUAUACAUCGUAAUCCUAUCGUAUUAUAAUAAAAAGCAAAAAAAAGAAGGAGAAAACUGGACGGGUAGGGGUAGUGGGAAGAGAAGGAGAAAGAAGAGGAAAAGAAAUUGAAGGAACAGAACAGAACGAAAGAGAACAGACGAAAGGACAGAGGGAUAUAUAGUAGUAGUGGAAGAAACUGAAAACACAUGAUGCACGGUGGUGACUGUGGCCCAGGGGCACAGGGCUGAGGGCCCAGAUACUGCCGGCAGUGCACAACCACUUGGCGAUAGAGAAAAAUAAAAUCAUAAUAAUUGAAAUUGAAAAUAAAAUAAUAGGAUAAUAAUAAUAAUAAUAAUAAUAAUAAUCCAUAAAUAAAUUAUACAUUGACAUAUCCAUAUUCACAUACAUGAUAUGUAUGUACAUAUGUGUAUGUAUAUGUAUACGUAUUUAUAUGAGAGUAUUAAAAUAAACGGUUUAUUUAAUGGAGAGAGUAUCUUUUGGUUUUUAAAUCACUCGGCGAUAACCACUGGUGCAACAUCAUUGGUGCUACGAUGGAACAGGCUAAAGUGACUUCGUCGAGGUUAUUUACAACAUCCUGCAUUGAGAACAAGGACGAGUUGGAGGAGAAAUUUGAAAGAUGCCACACAGUCCUGCAAACCCUGACCUCGGGUCUCUCCGAAAAAGAGGCCCACGACACCUUAACCAAUGCAGUCUGCAAAGAGAAAGCCCACGAGGAAGUAUCCCUGGGUCUCCUCGUGGUGAUCCUAACAGAUCCCCAAGAAGCAGCAAAGAGCUACCGAGACUUAACUCUAAUAACACGUGACGGUCUGGGAAUAGUGCUAGCCCACUUGAACCAACUGGUACUCGAGCGUUACCUUCGCCUCCACGACACAGGUCGAGGUCAACUGUUGUGGCUCCUCCGAGAGAUGAUUCGAACCAGUGUAGCUGGAAUUGACAACUUGUGCCUGAGUUUGCUGAGACACGCAGCUGGUGGUGACACAUCAGUCCGCAAUCUCUACUUAGUCGAAGCCCUUCUGGAGAUAUUCCAGGAGUGUCGGCCAUGGCUCGACAAAUUCCCCUUCCUCGUCGCCUCAAUCGUCUACACCUACUUGAGACUAAUUGAGGAUCACAGUGCCCCCCAUUUAAUGGUCCUCAGACAGAAGGAAAUAGUAUUCACAGUUUCCCUGCUUCGAGAGCGAAUGGUCGACUGUCUAGUCAUAGGCAGAGACCUGGUUCGUUUGCUGCAGAAUGUCGCCAGAAUAUCAGAGUUUGAGGUACUCUGGAGGGACCUCCUGAUAAGCCCAAAGUCCAUCUGCCCUAGUUUCACUGGAAUCCUCCAACUCCUGGAGACAAGAACCUCGAGAAGAUUUCUACAGUCGAGAUUGACCCCAGACAUGGAGCGAAAGCUUGUUUUUCUCACGAGCCAAGUGAGAUUUGGCAAUCACAAGAGGUACCAGGACUGGUUUCAAAGGCAGUACUUGGCGACACCAGAGUCACAAUCCCUGAGGUGUGACUUGAUUCGUUUUAUCGUGGGAGUCAUUCAUCCGACAAACGAACUACUCUGCUCGGACAUUAUUCCCAGAUGGGCAGUCAUUGGCUGGUUAUUGACGACGUGCACAUCCACUGUAGCCACCAGCAACGCCAAACUAGCCCUAUUCUACGACUGGCUGUUCUUCGAUCCUGACAAAGACAACAUCAUGAACAUUGAGCCUGCCAUUCUCGUCAUGCACAAUUCAAUGAGGUCACAUCCUGCUGUCACUGCCACACUUUUAGACUUUCUCUGCAGGAUAAUACCAAACUUUCAUCCAACGCUGACGGAGAAGGUUAGAAACGGAAUAUUUUCGUCACUGAAACAAAUACUUGAGAAACGAGUUUUACCAAGUUUGUAUCCACUUUUUGACAGUCCUAAGCUGGAUCGAGAGUUGAGGGCUAAAAUCAGGGAGACAUUCAAGGAAUUUUGUCUACCACCUAAUGCUGAUCCUGUAGCAGGUAAUAAGGUUCCCCUAUAUUCAGGUAAAAUCGAUGAGCUCAAGGAUUUUGGGCCAGGCCUCAUGUUGGACAACAGUGUGAGCUUGAACGAAAACAAUCAUCUGGAUCAGGAGCACGAGGCAGCCUUCAGUGACGAUGAGGAUGAGAUAAUGCCUCGAAUAACAAAAGUAGACUCGGAGGAGGAUGACGAAGACCUGCCCCUAUCAAAAGUUAAACUGAAUAAAAAAGACCAGAAGAACUCCAACUGCAUCAAGAAGGAAGACGAAUUGACAUCGCUACUGAACAUAAUAAUUGAGCCAGAGGAGCUAAAGAGAGCCGUCGAGAACUUGUACACUGAAACAGACAACGAAUCUAAAUGCCAGAUAAUGGAGACAAUUGUUCAGAUGAUCAUUGAAGAUGACGUUGGAGCCGACAUGAUAGCACCACUUGCCAUGUGCCUGUCGACGAUUCUCGAGUCCCAGAUAACUGCUUCGAUAUUCCCGGCUGAUAAUUCCAACGAUGAAGCUUUAACCGACACCAUAAGUACUCCAGUCUUCGUAAUGUUUCGUAAUUUCUUUCAAUUAUGUCAGGAGGAAGACAACAGGAAGAAAUUUAUAGGCCACGUCCUGGCGGAGUUGCAGAAGAUUCAACCGAGAAUUGGUUACCUUCUACUUUAUUUUCUCAAAGUAUGGGGACGAGAAGAGGAGAAACGUGAGGGAUUGGCUAGCAAUGUCACGAGUGAAGUUAAAGCCUCUGUUUAUAAAGACUUUUGUGCCCAGAGAGAUAAGAAGCUGGAGACGUGUCUCUUGACAGAUCUUAAGUUGUGCCACGAAGACAGUGUCUUCCUCCUCUGCUAUCUCCUUCCAGAUGUGUUUACAGGGUUCCAGGGAAUUGCCCUAGGUAAUGCCCAACUCCUGCACCUGGUGGUAUCAACAGUCGACUCCUGCCAACUCCAGGAACUAGUCUGUCAGAUAAUGCAGGGACAACUGAAGAUGCUGGAGAAGGAUUCAUUCAUGAAUCUUCUCACUGUUAGCUUAAACUGGGAGACCUUUGAACAGUACUGCUUCUGGCAAUUGACAUUUGCACAUGACUUUCCGAUCAAAUAUGUACUGCCUGUAUUACCAAAAUUGCAGUUUAGGGAUCAUGCUGAGGCACUCACUGCUAUUUUAUUUAUGCUCAAGCAAGAGAGACCAACCCUAGAACUACUGAGACAACUAUUCACCCGUCAAAACACCGAUGGCGACAUGUUCGUCGUAGCAGCCCUUCGCUACUGGUGUCGUGAUUACGAAGACAAACUCGCUGAACUACUUGCUAAUUUAUUGAGCUCGAGGUACCCAGCAACCAGUCCCAACAAGCGAAAACGAGCUGGUGCAAAACAGAAUCAACAGGCGACUGGUCCACCAACAGGUGAACAAGUAUUGGGUCAUCUGGAUCAGUUGAGACAACACUGUCGUGCCUCAGCUGAUCUUCAAUUGUACCAGACUGAGAAUAUGCAGAAGGCACUGCAGCAGGCACAAGCCGCCAGCAGUGAUUCCCUGAGAAAGAGCUAUGGAGAUUUGUUUGCACUUGCUGAGGUCAAUGAGGAGAAUGAAUCACCACCGAUUUCUAGCCCGAGGAAACAUACAUCAUCGACUGCUGGGGGAAAGGGGCACAAGAGGGUGGGGGCUAGUACGAGAGAGAGAUCUGCUAACAAACGACCACCACCGAGGGACAGGGGAACUGAGAGUAGUGAACAAAGUAGUGAGGACGAAUUGAUUGCAAAACCAAAGCAAGCGAAGAAGAGAAAAAAGAUGAAUCCCGUGGGUUCAGACAGUGACUGACCGUCCCCUUCAUCGUUAAUGAUCAAAAACAUGAAUCGAUUGAUAUCUGGGCAUCACAAACGACUUAAACCACCUCUCAGUGCUCGCAAUUAAUAAAUGCAAAAAAAAGAAAAAUCCAAGCGCGUAAUCCUGAUAUGAGAGUGAAAUCACUGAGGAGGACUCUUUCUCCUGUCUAUUUAACAGAUAAAUCCGAAGUGAAUUUAUUUUCGUUAGUAAUGACUAGAUGAUAUUUUUAUUUCUAAAAACCGUCUUGUAUAUUCUUUUCUUUUCCACAUGUACAAUUAUGUGAAAAAAUUGGAUUGAAUGAAUGUCAAGGGAUUUUAAUUGUUUAUUCAUUUGAAGAUUGUUGUAACGAGUAAUAAAUAUUUUUUUGUGAAUAAUUUACCUGCGACAUUAUCUCGAUUUUUAUUGAUGAAACGAUAGAGUGGUCGAUUCGUUGUUCUUUUUACUCAAGUCAAUUAUUAUUUUUUUUCAUUAACAAACGGUUUAUCUUAUCAGUAAAAUGUAAAUUAGCUGUAAAAUACCUGUGUUAUGUAUUUGUAGACUGUACAUAUUGAGAAAAUGAAAUGAAAAAAGGGAGAGACAAAAUAAUGAGUCAAGUGUUUUGAAUAAUCAUUAAUGCGCCUUACAAGGUUUUCCCUAUCAAAUCCACGAGCUAAAACCCAUGAAAAUGUUAAUUAAUAAUGAUGAAAAAAAAUGUUGAUUAAUUAAUUAUAGGAGUAGUCUGGUAUUGAUAUCGUAAUUCCCUUUGCACUGAGUCGAUGAAAUUUUUUAUACAUGUAAAUACAUAUCGACGCUCCAAAAUUAGAGGAUUAAAUUGACGAUUGUAAAAAUAAUAACGAGUGGAUGGAAUACAAAUUGAUUGAAUAUCAAAGUUUUCAUUUAAAUCCUGUACGCAGUGUAAGGUGUAAAUACAUGAAUAACUUUAGGGUAACUGGUGGCUCGUGAAUUCAUAAACAUUUAAUGUUUUUAACGAACCUUGUAUACAUGAAUUACACGCACUAAAUAAUGUAAAUACUUGGUGGUUACCAAAAAUAAAAAUAAUGAAAUUAAAAGCAUA